CUGUAGCGCCCCCGGUGGGGUGCAGUGCUGAAUCAAACACACUCCACAGUGACAUUGUGGAGGUUAGAUGAUUGUCAACGCCUCACUCCAAGAAAGCGAGGAUGAGUUGGCAUCGGUCACAAGCUUCUGCGAUUGACGGUGGAGAGUUUUAACAACGUUUCGUGGCAAUAACAAUGGAUCUUUCUUUUCACGCACCGCGAUAACCGCCACUGCGGGAUACAGUGGGGAAAAGAAAAAGGAAGAAAAAGAGCGUGUUGCGGUCACACCUCAGUGCGAGGAGGAAACUGUUACCUCUGCUUGGUUUGGAACGGAAUUAUCAUUCUCCAGUCUUGCAGCAAAAUCGUGAUUUAAAAAAACAGUAUACUUACUGUCUGUGACGCUGCUAGCUUGCUAGCAAAGUUGACUGCUCUAAGAACUUUGCUGCUGGUAAGCUCGGAGCAAGCAACUUGUAAUAUAUCAGCUGUGUUCUUCCAUCUGCUUGACCUCAGAGGUCAGAUACUUUGGGGAUUACAAUGCAACUUUUGGUCACAAAAAGUUGGCUAAUAUUUGGCUCGUUCACGCAGCAUCUCAUUAGUGUUUAAAAGGGAAGUAUCGCCGCUUCCGUCGCCCCGCGGCGAAUCUCCUGGGACACUUCGGCACGAUGAUGGGAUCUCUGAAGGCUCUUCAAGAGUGGUGUCGGAUACAGUGUGAAAACUAUCACAAUGUGGAAAUCAAAGACAUGUCGACGUCCUUUCGGGACGGCCUGGCGUUUUGUGCCAUCAUCCAUCGCUUCAGGCCAGAGUUGAUAGACUUUGGCUCGCUGUCCAAAGAUGACGUCUAUGAGAACAACCGACUGGCCUUUGAGGUGGCCGAGGCACAGCUCGGGAUACCUGCGUUGUUGGACCCAGAAGACAUGGUAUCCAUGAAAGUUCCGGACAGGCUCAGUGUCAUAACCUAUGUUUCUCAGUACUACAACUUCUUCAAUAACAAAUCUCAAGCAAACCCUCCUUGCAUGAAGAGGCUGGGUUCUGUUAAUCAAAAUGAGCCAGUCACCAAAAGGCCUCCAACUCUACUCGAGGGCAAAGAGGUUGAAUCUGAGCCGGGCCAGACGAAGGUAACGGGUCUAGAAGUGGCGAAGCGCACCACACUCAGCAGCACCUGCACUGCCUGUCAGCAGCACGUCCAUUUGGUGCAACGUUUUUUGGUGGACGGCAAGCUGUACCAUCGAAACUGCUUCAGAUGCACUGAGUGUCGUAGCACUUUGCUACCUGGAUCUUAUAAAGUGGGAAGUGAUUGUGGGGCUUUGGUUUGCACACACCACCUUUCAAGGCAAGCUUCAGCAAACCAGAAUGGCCGGCCGGAUCUUAGCAAGAACCCCAUUGCAGUCCAGUCGAUGAGGAUGGGUCGCAGCAAGACUCCCCACACCGCAGCCUCUGAGAUGAACCAGCGAAAGACUCCAUCCCCUGUGAGGAAAGCGAAUGACACUGACAUACCAGCGAAAGUGACUGUCACAGUCACCCCUGCACCAACAAACAAUGAGGCCCCCUUGGAAGACACAGAUUUGCUCAAUCAUAGCGGACAAGCAGAACAGAAACACCGCCCCCCUUCUCCUCCUAACCCUUUUGACGAGAGUGAUGACGAAGAUCAUGAGCAAGCCGUGGUAGAAGAUACGCUAACUGGCAAUGAGGCGAAUGGGGACCUCCCCUCUCAACCUGUCAAUCAAAGCGAAGCUGUUGCCAGACCAGUGCCAGCACCUCGUCGGGUUGCGGAUCCCAGCCCUCCACCCCGCCCAUCCCCACGGAUGAAGCUACCCCGGACAGCAGACAGCCAAGCAGCUGGUGAACAGCAGAAGCCACCCACCCCUCCGAAACCGAGAGAAAGAUCCCAGUCUCCAAGAAGCUUGUCCAGUGUCCAUAAACCCAAAGAUCCACCCUGGCUUGCCUUGGUCCAAUCAGAAACCAAGAAGAAGAAACCCCCUCCCCCACCCCCCACGGGACUGGCGACACCCCCCAACACAGGCUCUGUGUCUUCUCUUAAAGAGGACAGCAGCAGGUCCAGUUCGCCCACUUUACCCCCCAACCCCUUUGAGGAGGAUGAGGAUGAAAAGAACGAGGCCAAGGACGAAGAGGAAGGCAGCGCGAUUCCAACAGCGCUGGUGGGGAGUCAUCCGUGGUACAGCAUCACACAGGCGGCUGACGGUGCCAGUGCGGAAACACCCCCGAGCACAGGAAACUCCUCCCGCUCGACGAGCCCGGCAAGUGCCAAAAGCAAGAAACGGCCGGCGCCUCGUGCACCGCAGCCACCUACUGCUCAUCAAGUUCAUCCACAUUCUCAGCAAUCUUCUUGCUCUCCAGCUCUCAGUGUGGAGAGUCUGUCUUCUGGCUCCGACCACAGCUCGUCCCAACCUUGUUCGGCCCCCGGUGGAGGCAGUGACCAGGAGCUUAGUUUCACCAAAAGCAUCUCAGAGCCUUCCAUCUGUUCGCCAUCUACCGCCUCGCCUUCGUCCUCCUCUUCUACCGAGCGUCUGCCUCAUUCUAGCCCAAGCCCCUUCGGGUCCCCCGCGCAGUCAAAUGCGAGCUCGGCGCCUGCCACCCCGCAGGUCAGUCGCAGCAACGAGACCAAAGAGGCAGGACCCCCUCCACCACGACCCACAACCACUCCCAGCCCAUUAGCCUCAGGGGCUACACCUUCGCACAAGCGCAUUUGUAAGGAAAAUCCGUUCAACAAGAAAGUUUCUCCCUCCCAUGGAAAAUCCAAAAGCAAGCCCCCAAAAGGUCCUCGUCCUUCCAGACCCCCAGCCCCAGGUCAUGGCUUCCCACUUAUCAAACGCAAGGUGCAGUCAGAUCAGUACAUCCCAGUAGAAGACAUCCACGGGGAGAUGAGUCAACUGGAAAUACGCCUCGAUGAGCUGGAGCUAAGAGGCGUGGAGCUGGAGAAGAAGCUUCGAGACAACCCCAAUGAUGAAGAUGAGGAGCACCUCUUGGUUGACUGGUUCACACUCAUUCAUGAGAAACAUCAGUUAGUCCGGCGUGAAGCCGAGCUGGUCUACACGGCGAAACAGCAGAACCUGGAGGAGAGACAGGCCGACGUGGAGUAUGAGCUGAGGUGUCUUCUCAACAAACCAGAGAAAGAGUGGACUGAGGAGGACAAGAGCCGUGAGCAACAACUGAUGGCGGAGCUGGUUACCAUCAUUGAACAACGCAACCAAAUAGUCAACAGUAUGGAUCAGGACAGGCAAAGGGAGGAAGAGGAGGAUAAGUUUAUGGAAGCCGUGCUGAAGAAAAAAGACUUCCACAAGGAGUCGGAUGGAGAUCAGCAGAAGAAAAAAGGGGCAAAGUUUAAACCUAUAAAGGUCCUGAAGAGGCUGAGUCUGAAAGGAGAAUCUGGAAAAAGUCCUCAAAAAGACAACAGUUGAUCCACACGAACAGGUUUGAAGUGUUUUCAGGCUCUGGUGAAGUGCCACACUGACUGCCACUGCGGCGCUCCUCCACCAAGAGUCAAAAUGAUAACCAUCUCAAGUGCUUAAGAGCGCUCCCAAUUGUUGAGUGGCUCUCUGCGGUACUGCACUGACUUGUGAGGUGUUACUUGGCAGUCACUGAUCAAAGCUCAAGUGACCUGUAAUCAGUUUCCAAGGCCGAUAGCUUUUGAGUUCAAGGCGUCUCACUUUAUCAGAUAAUGUCAUAAAGGCUGUUUUUGUUCUCUACAUUUGGCAAAGACUAACAAAAAGUGUCCAAAAGAUGACUUUAUGUACGAUGCAAGCUGCUUUUAAAGAAGACAUUGAGGUCUUUUUUUUUUUUUUGGGGCUUCACUAUUAUUACGCAUGUCGAAGAUAUGGUGCAGCAGAGUGACAAUAUUUAUUGACUUUAUUUGGAGGCAAACCAAAUUUAUUUCAAACACGGUGAAUCAUGACAACUACCAAUGUCUACGUGAGCAUAUUAUUCAUGAUAAAUGUCACAUAUGCAUUUUUAAGUUUUAGAAAUGGCAAAACAACAGUUUUCAUCUCUUUUAAACUUGGAAAGUCUUGUGUUAAUUUAUAUUUUAAUGUGCGUGCGUUGUGUGUUUCGUCUUAAGGUGGGGAAGAUAAUCUGAUGCAUAACUGCCAUUUAUUUUAUUGUAUAUAAACAUCGUCUUCCUCAGUGAACCGAGGCGCUUCUGCCAUGUCACAUCUGUCACUUUUUUUUCAUGGCAAUCACAGCAGCAAGGUUAUUGAAUAAAUGGUGAGACUGGAAGGCAGACAAAUAAAGAAAACUGAUACAAGUGAA